AUGUGUGGUAUUUUUGCGGUUUUCAAUUAUCCAGAUGAUAUUCAUGCUUUCCGUCGACGAGCUUUAUUACUUUCUAAAAGAUUGAGACACAGAGGUCCUGAUUGGAGUGGGUGUAAAAUUUCGGGAAAUAACAUUCUAUGUCACGAACGUUUAGCUAUUGUUGGUGUUGAUUCUGGUGCUCAACCUCUUACCAAUGAAGAUGAAACAAUCAUUCUUGCUGUAAAUGGUGAAAUCUAUAAUCACAAACCCUUAAGGAAACAACUUAGACCUGACACGCAUUUCAAAACUCAAUCAGAUUGUGAAAUCAUCCUUCAUUUGUAUUCCGAAAUAGGAAAAGAUGUUGUAAAUCAUCUCGAUGGUAUGUUUUCGUUUGUCCUCUUGGACACGAAUAGAAAUCGUUUCAUUGCCGCACGUGACCCAAUUGGUAUUACUUCCCUUUACCAAGGUUGGUCAUCAUCGUCACCGGAUACAGUCUAUUUUUCCUCGGAAUUAAAGGCACUUAAUGAGGAAU